AUGAAAAGAAGCGAGAUAACCAGCUUGAGAGAGGCUUUAGCUGAGUCGCAUAGUAACCUACUCUUCAUCGAGACACCAGAAACCUCACCUGAUAAGAAACCAUCAGCAGUGACUGGCACCACCGAUAGUAACCCACCGGGGUCCACAUUAACAGCACCUCCCACACCUACAUUAUAUGGCUACUCUAGGCUUGAAUCAUCCGAAUCAGACGAUAGUAGCCCAGAUGAAGUACCUCCUACCGAUGGUCAUACGUCCCCCGCGGAAAACCCCCAUGAGAUUGUUACUCCACCUAGGCGACGCGACCUCACAAUUGGUGUUGAGCUGGAAGCUAUCAUCGAUAAUCUCACACUCGAAGAUGGUUUGGAGGUAUAUAGGAUUGUUGCAGAUGCCUUGCAUCCGCUGGCCAAGGAAUUAGGAACAAGUGUCGCAUAUCAGCGCGGCCUAGAGGCACCAGACGUUCCAUUUCUCAACACCCUCUUUCAGGUUAUUGAUGACCUGAGCAUCGAGACAAAUAUAAAACAAGACUCUGAUGUUGAGACUUCUGUUUCUAUUUGGGAAGCAUCAAACUCUGCAGGGGUCGAAGUCAUCACUCCAAUAAUGAGAAAUGACGAGUGGACCUUUAUCGUCCCGGACAUGAUGGGACAUCUUAGAAAGUCUCUCGACAUAUCUUUUAAUCGUACUACAGCUCUACAUGUUCAUGUUGGUAUCGGACGGCCCUACACUUUGAGAGAUCUGAAACGCGUCGCAAAGGCUGUUAUACUUUUCGAGGAUGCCAUGAAUACAUUGCAUCCACUAUACAGAAACUUGCGUUACACGCUACUUGGUUCUCAUAUUCUUCCCUGCCGCAAAGGUGGACAUCUGAACGGACUUAGUGAUUACGAUAUGAUGAUGGCACUUGAAAAGACAACAUCGAUCGCCGAGCUUAUCUAUACGAUCAACCCGGUUCCAUAUUUCAUGAACAACGCCAACCAUACACCUUUUUCACACUGGAAGGGCUAUCGUUACAGUUUUACGAGUAUUCCUACCUUGGGCACAAUUGAGUUUCGGCAGGCAGCGGGGACUCUCAACGGUGAGAUGGCGGUUAACUGGAUCAAGAGGAUAGCAAAGUUUGUGAUCAGUGCUGUAUCAACAUCGGAUGAUACGCUGGAAAAUUGGGCAAAAGCAGGCAUUGGUAGGACUACUGAUGCUUAUAUUCUUGAAGCAUUCGGAGCCCCGGCACCAGUGGAUAUGUUUUCGACAGAGCUGGAGGAGGCGGAGAAGACUGUGGUGAACCUCCACAUCUAG